AUGGAUGUAAGGAGUUUGGCACCAGUUCUUCUCCUUUUGUUCGCUUUUACGACGGUUUUGGCCCAAACAGCCGCACCUGGCGUAGCUUGCGAGACCAAGAACGGGACCAGCUGUGAGGAAUGUCUAAACAACGUGACGUGUUUAUGGUGUAUCAAAACCAAGACGUGUGUGUCGUAUCCAGUGAGAACCAUCCUGCCACCACACUCGCUUUGUCCGCUCAACGACGCUCGCUGGGGCUUGUGUUGGAUGAACUUCCAGAGUUUGAUCAUUACUCUUGCGGUGCUGGGUGGCGUCAUCAUCAUCGCCUUUCUGAUCUGUCUCUUCUGCUGCUGCAAGUGUGAAAAUAUUGGAUCGUCAAGUUUCUUGGCCAAGAUGGAGCGACAGGUUAACAAGUCGAUGAACAAACAGGAGACGAGGCGGGCUGAAAUGAAACAGAGACAUGAUGAUAUUAGAAGGAAAUAUGGCUUGAAUGGACCAAAUCCUUAUUCCCGAUUCGGAUGA